AUGCCACUACCCUAUAUCAAUGCGCCAUUUGAAUAUGUCGCCAGUGUCCUUGGGAACUCGGCAGACGAGCUCAAGCUGGUCACCACCUUCUACCUAUCCUUCCCCUUGGCUGCUGCUCUUAAGAGGUUACCAGACAAGGAACCAUGGAAGAAGAACUUGUUCAUAAUAAGCGUGUCUAUGUUCUACUUGAUCGGUCUAUUUGACUUGUGGAGCGGUCUUCGCACUAUACUCAUCAGCGCUGCUGGGGCAUACACCAUCUCUUCGCAGAUAAACUCGCCGUAUAUGCCAUGGAUCGGGUUUGUCUUCCUCAUGGGUCACUUAUCUGUCAAUCACCUCUACCGUCAGACGAUCGACGACUCCUCUCUUUUCGACAUUACGGGCGCUCAGAUGGUUCUGGUGAUGAAACUCACGGCUUUCUGCUGGAAUGUACAAGACGGUCGUCUUCCGGAGGCCGAUCUAUCUGACUUCCAGAAAGAGCACGCUAUUCGCACUAUGCCUGGUAUCAUUGACUACGCCGGCUAUGUCUUCUUUUUCCCGGCAAUCAUGGCAGGUCCAGCCUUUGACUACUGCGACUACAGUCAAUAUAUCACCACCACCAUGUUUACGCUUCCACCGGGUACUGAUCCUUCCAAAGCGCCACCAACCCGCAAGAAGCACAAGAUCCCACGUAGCGGCACACCGGCCACCAUCAAAGGCGUCUACGGCACUCUGUGGUUGAUAGCCUUUUUGAAGUUCUCCGGAUGGUACUAUCCGGCCUUCUUUCUAGGUGACGAGUACAUGAAGUACGGGUUUCUCCGCAGGGUUUGGCAGCUGUACAUGUUUGGACUCACUACUCGUAUGAAGUAUUACGCCAUCUGGAGCUUGUCUGAAGGCGCAUGUAUCCUGUCUGGAAUUGGAUACAAUGGAAUCGAUCCGGUUACCAACCGCGCCAAAUGGGACCGCCUUACAAAUAUCAAGCCCUGGGAGAUCGAGACGGCCCAGAAUGCCCGCGCUUAUCUGGGAUUUUGGAACAUAAACACAAACCACUGGCUAAGGAAUUACAUGUAUCUCCGUGUUACACCAAAGGGUAAGAAGCCGGGUUUCAGGGCAACUUUAGCCACGUUUGUCACGAGUGCGUUUUGGCAUGGUUUCUAUCCGGGCUAUUACCUCACAUUCGUUCUCGCAUCCUUUGUGCAGACGGUUGCGAAAAAUGGCCGCCGCAUGAUUCGUCCACUUUUCCUGACACCAGAUGGCAAAUCACCCCUCCCAUCCAAACGAUACUACGACAUCUUCACCACGAUCCUCACUCAAGUAGUCUUCGCCUACACCGUGGCCCCUUUUGUUCUACUUGGCUUUUCCGACACCUUGAUAGUCUGGGCCCGCGUCUACUUCUAUACUAUCGUUGGCAUCGGUGCAUCAUUCGCUCUCUUUUCGAAAUCCUUACCCUUCCGCAAACAAAUCUUGCAACUUCAAUCUUCUCGCGCGCCCACACCGGCCACCUUCACUUCUGUCGAUGAAUCUACUGUCGAGAAGACUGCGAGAGAAGAAGUUCGGAAAGAGAGACUGCUGGCGACUGAUGCCCAGAGCAGUGAUCCUGGGCACAAGGUGCCUCUUUUCGGGAUUGCGGAUGACCCUGAGGCGGAAAUAGAUGAUAUUGUUAGGGAAGUCAAAGCAGAAAUCGAGCAGAGGCGUCGAAGGGGAAGUGCGCUGCAGGGAUUUGAUAUCAAGAAAGCGGUACAGGAGAAGUUGAUGGAGUUCAAGAAAGCAUAG